UUUUGCACUCGGCUACUUACUUGUGCACACGGCACAACAAGCAAGGUCACAGCGAGAGGAAGAUCUGUACAAAAGGAAAACUGCUGAAGCUACUGUACUGUACUGUCAACUGUAUACGCGGUAUACAGUUAGCUAGCUAGCUAAAGGAAAUCUACAGGAAUUUUCCAUGGAUAUCCCGAGAAGACCUGGAACCCCAAGCUCCCCAGAAGCAGCAGUUCGGCAGACUUGGUCCAAUCAGAAGGGAGUAAUAACAUCACCUGAUCCACUUCAUACAGGACCGCACUUUGACCUUAAUUCCGUCUCAGCAAACAGUCUACCAAACAUUCAGAUAACAAGGGGGAACGGAAGUAUCGGUUUAAGUACCUGCCCUUGUGCGGUCAACUGUAACAAAAACUGCUGUAAAUCUUCUAGAGCUAUGAUUGGUACAAAACCCGAUCCCUAUGGUGAUGAAACACCACUGUUGUCGCCGGUGAAGAACUCGAUUCAGCGCUCUGAGAGCCCAGCCGGAUCCUAUGGCUCCACCGACAGCUCUGACCAACUACUCUCAGACGAAGAGGCCAAAGUGAGGACGAGUGGACACAGCGUAGACAUCGGGUACGACUCUGACUCAAAAUUGGAAGCUUCUGUAAAGUGUGGCUGUCACGUGAUCGUCAAAGACAAAACUAGUCGCAGUGCUAACAUCAAACUAGUCAUUGCCUCAUUCAUUGCUCUGUUCUUUAUGAUUGGCGAGGUCCUAGGUGGAUACUUUGCUGGUAGCCUAGCAAUCAUGACUGAUGCUGCUCACAUGCUCUCUGACCUGGCCGGAUUCCUCAUCUCUCUGUUUGCCAUUUGGGUCGGCUCUAGACCACCCUCAAAGAGAAUGUCAUUUGGGUGGCACAGAGCAGAGGUGAUCGGAGCUAUAAUCUCAGUACUAAUCGUGUGGGUGUUGACUGGUGUCUUGUUCUACGAAGCAAUUCAGCGUGUGAUCAAUCCUGAUCUGAUUAAUGUCAAGGCUGAUAUCAUGUUGAUCACAGCUUGCGUUGGAGUGUUUGUCAAUGUCUUCAUGUGUGCAGUGCUUGGUCACGGUCAUGGGCACUCCCACGGUGGUGGGGGUCACGGACACAGCCAUGGUGGCCAUGGUAGCAAGAGAGGUGGUCACUCUCAUAGUCAUGACGACGUGGAGGAAGGAAACAGUCGACUGAGUCGCUUCAAACGUCGACUACGAAGAAAUAAGAAACAAGAAAACGCUGAGAACAUCAAUGUACGAGCCGCAUUUGUGCACGUGAUUGGAGACCUCAUUCAAAGCAUAGGAGUUGUUAUAGCAGGAUACAUCAUCUGGUUUAGGCCUGACUGGAAAAUAGCCGAUCCAAUUUGUACUUUUCUGUUCUGUGUUCUGGUGCUCUUCUCAACUAUCAAUGUCCUCAAAGAUGCUCUGAGAGUGCUAAUGGAAGGUACACCCUCCCAUAUUGACUAUGAGGAUGUGAAGGCUGACCUUCAAGAGAUUGCAGGAGUCAAGCAGGCACACUCAUUGCACAUAUGGUCCCUGACAACCACCAGGACAGCACUGGCUGCUCACCUCGCCAUGGAGACUGGGGUUAAUGCUCAAGAAGUGCUCGACAAAGCCUCGAAAAUGCUCAAAGAUAAGCACAAUAUUGUCCACACCACGUUGCAAGUGGAGGACCACCAUAACCUGAUGGACGAUUGUGGAACUUGUCAACAACAAACUAAACCAAAGUCUAAGCUUUGUUGGAUUUGCUAACUAGAAUGCUCUGCUUAUAAAGUUGAGGUUUUGCUCGCACUGUUUAUGUGAUUGUGUAUACGUGUUUGUAAUUUUUCACUUAUAAAAA